UCUCCCCAUCCUUUCCCGCUUUGAGGAACAUGUCGCACAAGCCCGAAGAUAGACCAGAUUCAGGUAUUCCAGGCGAUAUACCGCCAAGAGAUCACAACGGUUCGAAAGAUGGUCCACCAGGACAAGAAGGGCAAGCUAUUGAAUCGAACUGGGACGAAGUAUGUGAAUGUUUUGAUGAUAUGAACUUAAGAGAGGAUUUACUCCGUGGAAUUUUUUCUUACGGUUUUGAAAAGCCAUCAGCAAUUCAACAAAGAGCCAUUAUCCCAUGUUGCCAAGGUCGAGAUGUCAUUGCACAAGCCCAGUCGGGUACUGGCAAAACAGCCACAUUUUCCAUUGCAAUUUUGCAACAGCUGGAUUUAGAACAUAAGAAGCCACAAGCAUUAGUGUUGGCACCAACAAGAGAGCUUGCACAACAGAUUCAGAAAGUAGUUAUUGCCCUUGGAGAUUAUAUGAAUGUGAAGUGCUUCGCCUGCAUUGGUGGAACAAACGUGGCUGUUGGAAUAAACAAGUUAAAGGAGGGCCAACACGUGAUUGUUGGUACACCAGGCCGGGUUUUUGAUAUGUUGAGUAGAGGCCUAUUGGAACGCGAGUCUAUUAGAUUUUUCGUGCUCGAUGAAGCAGAUGAAAUGCUGUCAAGAGGGUUUAAGGACCAAAUUUACGAUAUUUUUCAGUUGCUCAAUAGUGAUAUUCAGGUAAUUCUUCUAUCUGCGACAAUGCCAACUGACGUACUCGAAGUCACAAAACGUUUCAUGAGAGAUCCAAUUCGAAUCCUCGUGAAGAAAGAAGAGCUUACCCUAGAAGGCAUUAGGCAGUUCUACGUUCAGGUCGAUAAGGAGGAGUGGAAGUUUGAGACGCUAUGUGAUCUGUACGAGACAUUAACUAUUACGCAGGCAGUAAUAUUUCUCAAUACACGAAGGAAGGUCGACUGGCUUACCGAAAAAAUGCAAAGCAGGGAUUUCACAGUUUCGUCAAUGCAUGGUGAUAUGGAUCAGAAGGAACGAGAUAUUAUUAUGAAAGAAUUCCGAUCUGGGUCCAGCCGAGUGCUCAUCACUACCGACUUACUUGCACGUGGUAUUGACGUACAACAAGUUUCGUUAGUAAUAAACUAUGACCUCCCGGCUAAUCGUGAAAACUAUAUUCACAGAAUCGGAAGAGGAGGACGGUUUGGUCGUAAAGGUGUGGCUAUAAAUUUUAUCACCGAGGAAGAUUCGCGUAUCUUGAAAGAUAUCGAAUCUUUCUAUAACACCGAGAUAGAAGAAAUGCCGAUGAAUGUGGCUGACUUGAUUUAAACUAAUCACAAUUGACAUUCUUUCUCCGCUAUGAUAUUGAAGUAAAUAAGACGUAUUUUGUUGUUAAGAUAUUUCUAUAUUAAGUAUGUAGGAAUAACAAGCACUGUUGUACAACGAUAUUUCAUGCAAACGAGUUAAAUUAUCCAAGUAGAAAUACCAUGGGACUAGGGCAUAUAGUGUUAGCCCCUCUUCACGUAUCUGCAUACAGGCCCGCACCACGAUUUUAAAGUCCUGCAUGAUCGAAACUAAAGUUCUAGGGCUCUGGGUCUGUUUUGAUUUUUUUCCCAAAUCACUAUCACUUUUAGUUUUCCUCCAAAACAUCGAGCCUUUUUAUCUCUGCAGAACUCGCAUUUUAGAUGUUAUAGUUUUACGAAUAGUUGUUAGUGUAAUUUGUUUUUUGUGUUAUUCCGGAGACGAUUCAACGAUAAUACUCUCCUGAUUUUUGUUAACCCCCCUCCCUUUUUUCCUUGGGACCGGGUGAAGACGCCACUCCGCCCCUAAGAGCGGCCCUGUUUGCAUAUACCAGUCUACUGUUGUUCCACUUCCUUGUCAACAUAAAAUUAUUUUAAUAAUAAACAUAUGAUGUAUAGUACAUUACUUUCAUCAUGAUACGUAAA